UCACCUUCACAAUUCACAUCACCUUCUUAACUUUUUUUCUCUUUAUAUAUACAACUACACACAAUACAAAAUAUACAUUGAAUUUAUUACUAUAUUUUCUCUGAAUUUUCUUUGGAAAAGUAACAAAGAAAGAAAAAAUUAUGGAUUUUUAUACAUACCCAAGAAGUGCUUUAACUUCUUCAUCAUCAAUUAUGUCUUCAUUUUGUAUGAGGGAUUUGAUUGAAAGAGCCAAAGAUUUCUUCAGAUUUGCUGUUUCUACUAUUAUUGGAAAUGUUUUCUCUGCAAUUUUCACAUUUUUCUUUGCAUUAGUGGGCACCUUAUUAGGAGCAAUGACAGGAGCUUUGAUAGGUCAAGAGACGGAAAGUGGAUUUAUUAGAGGUGCUGCGGUUGGAGCCAUUUCUGGUGCUGUUUUCUCUCUUGAGGUCUUUGAGUCAUCUCUGUUACUAUGGCAAUCGGAUGAAUCCGGAAUUGGAUGUGUUCUCUACUUGAUUGAUGUAAUAGCUAGCUUGUUAAGUGGUAGACUAGUUCGUGAGCAGAUUGGUCCAGCGAUGCUUAGUGCAGUGCAAAGUCAGAUGGGAGCUGUUGAAACUGCUUAUGAAGAGGUGCCUAACAUUUUCGAUACAGGUGGGGCAAAAGGUUUGCCUGGACAUUUUGUGGAGAAGAUUGCCAAGGUUGUAAUUAGCAAUGACAACAAUGUGGAUGAUACAGGGGAGAGAGUCUCGUGUUCAGUCUGCUUACAGGACUUUCAACUGGCGGAAACUGUUAGAUGUUUGCCACAAUGUCGUCACAUGUUUCACCUACCGUGCAUAGAUACAUGGUUGCUAAGACAUGGCUCGUGUCCAUUGUGCAGACGGGAUCUAUAGGUGGUUGUACUCGGUAAAUAAUUAUAAGGUUAUUUAAUUUCUUCAUACUUGCUGAUAAGGAUUCCCCCCUCUAUGUCUGUCAUCACAUACAAUAUAUCGGGGAAACCUAUGUAAUUAGUGACAAAUAUACACUUUCCGGUAUGGUCAUUGUAGUCGAUUACCAUCCUGUAGAAAGAAUUUUGAGCUAUUAUAAUGCUCACUACUUCAACUAAGUAGUAUUUUUGUAUCAGUUCGCUCAUGUUUUGUGCAAACGUCAUGCAAGAAUAGGUCUACUCUCUUAUUAGUUACAGAACGUAUGAGUUUUUAGUGAAGCUAUGUCUAAGAGGAUAAUCUGUUUAUCCUGUUAGACGGAUUUGUGCGUUGUUUUGGAUGACCAUAAUGAUCGAGCUAUUGUCUGGGUGUGGAAUUUUAGCCCCUUGUAUUGCUUUAUUAGUUGAAAAAUUGCUAUGUAGGUGAUUUUUUCAGUUAAGGAAGCCGCGAAUUAAUCAGCACACAGAUUGUCUCCCUGUAAAACUGAUGAUGUUUAGUCUCUGUACAAAAUCAUUACUUCAUGCCUGGUUGUACCAAUUGCAAGAAGUUGUUGCGUGUGGUAGUUAUUGUUUCAUUUUCCGUAGCAACGAUUGGUUAUGUUUCUUGACUUCUGUUACUGAAAUAGUUGGAUAUCUUGAGGCUGCAAGUUUCUUAGUUUAAACAUUUAGUUGAGAGGCUUCAACAAGAUCUUUCUUUGGUAGAGUAACUGCAUGGUAGGUAGGUUGCAUCUUUCCAGCUGUUAGUUCAGUUAUCUUCAUUUUAUGUAAAGAAAUGGGCAACGACAAUUGCAUGA